GCUUUUCUCAACUUCUCUUCGGGAAUCAUCAAGCAGUAUUUGUGCUGUCUUUUGCUGACACGGACCUCGCGGUGAGCUGAGAGGUGCCAAGAGAAAAGCACUUGCCAUCCGACCUUCCACCGACCGCCGGAUUUCGACAACUCUUGCACCAUGUCCUUCUCCUUUGCAUCAACAUCAACAUGUAGACGCCUCGCGAAUGCCGCAUCCGCGGCUCGAAGAUACACUCGAACACCGUCACUGUCUGUGAGAGCGGCUCAGACCUCUCAACAGUCACAAUGGCGCGCAUUUGCCAGUACUCCAAGACGCGACAUUGCCGUCUCGGAGAUGUCUGAACGCGACCUGUCAAGCCUCAAAAUUGACCAGGAACGACUGAUGAACGAUAUUCAUUCCACGAGCGAGUGGGGUAAGGGAGAGCGAUGGGGCGAAGGCCCAACAGAAAUCGGCAUGGCCAGAUUAUCGCUCUCUGAUACCGAUAAACAAGCUCGGGACUGGUUCGCAGAAACCACGAAAGCUCUCGGUUGCAAGGUCCAUUAUGAUGCGAUGGGUAACCAGUUUGCCGUCCGGCCUGGCCUAAAGGAAGGCCACCCGACCUUUGCUGGAAGCCAUCUCGACACACAGCCUAGUGGAGGUCGCUAUGAUGGGAUCCUCGGCGUGACAGCUGCAGUAGAAAUGCUCAAGACCCUCAACGACAACUGGGUCGAGACAAAUUAUCCCGUAGGCGUAGUGAACUGGACCAAUGAAGAAGGUGCAAGAUUUCCAAUGUCCAUGGUCUCAUCCGGCGUUUGGGCUGAGUCUGUCCCACUGGAGACAGCACACAAUCUCAAGUCUGUGAUACCCGCCAAUGAUACUGCCACAAUGAAGAGCGAACUUGAACGGAUCGGCUACCUGGGCAGUACACCCGCCAGCUACAAGUCCACACCCAUGGCUGCUCAUUUUGAACUCCACAUUGAGCAAGGCCCCAUCCUCGAAGCCGAAAACCGCCGCGUAGGAGUCGUCAAAGGCGUCCAAGCAUACAAGUGGUUCACCCUCACCGUUAAAGGCCGCGACGCCCACACCGGCGCAACAAGUUUCGCACAUCGCGCAGACUCCCUCUUGACAGCAUCGAAAAUGAUUCUUGCAAGUCAUAGAAUCGCCCACCGCCACAACGCCCUCGCUUCUACAGGAAUCUUGACCCUCAGACCAGGCUCCACGAACACAGUCCCAGGCCACGUCCAAUUCUCCCUGGACAUCCGCUCCCCUCGAGACGAAGUCGUCGAAGCCGUGGAAGCAGAAUGCAAAUCCGCCUUUUCGGCAAUCGCCUCAGGCCAAGACGUCGAAGGUGUGAACGCCGAAUGUGCUCCCUCAGACCGCCAAUGCACAGUCUCCUGGCGCACAGACUUCGUGUCUCCCGCGACAUACUUCCACGAGGACUGCAUCAAAUGCGUACAAGACGCAGGCAGUGCCCUUUGCGGCGAGAGCGAGGUCAAAGGAUUAGACAUUGGGGCUUGGGGAAAAUUUAUGACAUCUGGAGCUGGUCAUGAUUCGGUUUAUGCAAGUAAGAGGUGUCCUACGACGAUGGUCUUUGUGCCUUGUAGAGAUGGCGUCAGUCAUAACCCAGCGGAAUACUCGAGUCCGGAGGCUUGCGCGGAUGGGGCGAAUGUUUUGAUGGGUGCGGUAUUGAGGUAUGAUCUUUUGAGGGGUGAGAGAGGACAGUAGCUGCGUGAGACUGGUUGAGACUGGAUGAGAGGUGGAGACGGGAGAUGGUGAGACAUGUGUAUGCGUGGACACUGUAUCUCGUGCAAUUCAACCAAUGCGUGGAGAUGGUGGAUCUGGUUUCGGCCUGUCGUCUACAGCGUUGCAUUGAACGACUCGAGUCUAUGCCUGAUAACGCCGAAAGAAGCGAGAUCAUGGAGACAGAGACAGGCGAACAAUGAUGUGAUAGCUGCAGCCAUGUCGAAACCAAACCAUCCCUGCGCGAUGAUGCCAAGCA